GCACUUCAAGACCACUCUGUAUACAAAUAAUGCAGUAAUUUUGGGCUUUGGCCAGAAACUUGACAGUUUUCCAGCUGUGUUGGAACAAAGCUACUGGUAACCGCUACAAUAGUGGGAGUAUAUUUGGAAUUUCCUGGCUUCCAGUUAUGGUUUAAUAAGUUAAAAUGAACAUCUUUUAAUUGCGAAAUUCCCAUGGACAAUUAUUAACCGGCAUCGAAGUCUAUAAAUAUUUUUUAUUGUCGCGUUAGUCAGUAGUCAGUGCGGAACAAAAUCGGAAGUAUCGAAUUUGAAAUAUGAAAUGAGAUUCCUCAUUAGUGAUUUUGUGCGGUUGAAAUAUGACUUUACUUAAUAAUUUAUUCAUGCAUUAUUUUGUUUCUCAUAUGCGCAUUUAAUUUUUUUUUUGUUGUGCACGAGUAUCAAUAUGAAUGUGCCAAAACAACUGUUCCUCUGCUCAAUUCCACUAAUACUCCUACUUACUGAAGCUUCGACGAUCAAUUAUUGUCCAAAGAAAUGUAACAAAUGCUUAAAACAGGAUCUCACUAAUUGUACAUUAACCGCCAAUAAUGAAUUGAGUAUUGAAUUAUACCCGAAAGAAAUUGUCAUAAGUUGUGGCAAUUUUUCGACCAAAAACAACCAAGACGUUAUUGGCUUCGACGCUCAUUAUCUUACUGAAAUUGACGAUUUGGCAUCAAUGAUUAGGAAAUGUUAUAAGACUAAAGCCAAAAAAAAUAAAUAUUUAAUUGAUAAUAUUAAGAGAAUAUCCCUGACAAACGAUAUUUUCAAUUUUAACAAGUCUAUUGACUAUUUCCAAUACUCGCAAUCACCAAGUAUAAAUAAAACCACAGUCGAUAUCGAAAACAACUUUUUCAAAACUGCUACAAAUUUAAAAACAAUAAUUAUGAUAAACUCGCAAAUAACAAAAUUAAAUUUUGAUCGAUUUCCUGAUAUUAUUGAGUAUUUGACUUUGGCUUCAAAUGAAAUUGAAAAUGUCGAACAAGGAAAUAAUAGUUUAGAAAAUCUUAUAAGUUUAGAUUUAAGUGAAAAUAAAUUACCAAAUAUAACUAAGAAUUAUUUUGUUAAAAUAAGAAAUCUCAAAUAUUUAAACUUAAGUAAAAAUGAAAUAAACUCAAUUGACUUUGACUCGUUUAAAAACAAUCAGGUGCUUGAAGAAUUGGAUUUAUCACAAAAUCCUUUGGAUAAUUUAGAUUUUUAUUUGCCAGAUUUAAAAAAGCUUGAUUUAAAUGGGUGCAAUUUAACAAUUUUAUCUAGUAAAAUAUUUCCGAAAAGUUACAAUUUGAAUUAUCUGGAUAUGUCAAAUAAUCGUAUUUAUCAUUUGGAAACUGAAACUUUUUCAAAAAUGCCCAAUUUAACUUCAAUUAAUUUAAGCUAUAAUUUUUUACAGUCCUUAACAUUUUCGGAUCGUUUGUUUGAAAAUAACAAAAACUUGAAAACUGUUAAUUUAAGUUACAAUAAGCUGAUGGUGAUUUUUACUGACAUGUUUGUGGGUGCUCAAGAAUUAGAUACUCUAGAUUUAAGUUAUAACGAAAUAUGUAAUUUUUCCAAUAACUUGCAAGGAUUUAAAGCUAAAAAUUUAAACUUUAAACAUAAUAAAAUUGAUGAUUUUCCUUCCGAUUUGAUUUAUGAUUCAGCGGUGCAAACUUUGGAUAUGAGUUAUAACGAAAUAAAAAUUGUUAGCUUGGUGAGAGAAGAUGUUCCAGAAGAUCAAUAUUUCGAAGUUUAUUUGAGGCAUAAUGAAAUAAACCAACUCAAUAUUACGAAUAAUGAUGCACCAAAAAACUGGACAAUAAUGAUGGAUUUGUCGCAAAAUCAACUAAAAUGCGAUUGUCUUGGAUAUUUUUUGAAACAAAUUCCACAAUCCGAUCAUCAAAUAACCAUCACGAACAUCACCAGCCAGGAAAUUAUUUGCUAUAACUCCUACCCUGACAACAACUGUCCUUUGAUAUCAAUAGAAAAUUGUCCCACAAAGUGUCACUGCUCAUAUUCCAGAAUCCACAACUCCAUUAUUGUGGAUUGCUCCAAUAGAAAUCUAGUCAGAUUUCCUUACAUUAAGAAUCUGCUUACAGAUAGGUACAAGCAAAAUCAAACAUUUGUAAUGUUGAGUGGUAAUAAACUGGAUUUGAAUGGGCAAGAUCUUUUGGAGACUUACUCAGACGUCACUAGGUUGAAUUUAACUGAUAAUAGGAUUAGCGAGUUGAAAUGGUUGCCAGAAAAUUUAACGAUUCUAGAUUUGACUAAUAAUAGCUUGACAACUUUGGCUCCUGAAAUAAUAGCAAGACUUGAGAAGAACAAUAAUUUAAAAAGAGUUUCUAUGAAAAACAAUCCGUGGAAGUGUGAUUGCCAGGCGUUGGAUUUUAGAGAAUAUUUGAUGAAUCAUGAAAAGAUUUUUGAAAAAUCCGAAAUAAUCUGUCACGAUACCUUAAGACAACUAAUCUACACUGAACUUUGUGAUCACACUGUAGGAAUAGUAAUGGGAGUGACCACAACUAUCGCGUUCAUUUUCGUUGUACUAUCGGCCUUGUAUUUCAAAUACACAGACACCAUAAAAGUUUAUUUGUACUCGAAAAAUUUAUGUUUAUGGUGGGUGGCCGAAGAGGAAAUCGACAAAGAUAAAACCUAUGAUGUUUUCAUAAGUUACUCGCACAGGGAUGAGGAAUUGGUGCGGAAUGAGCUUCUGCCUGAACUGGAAAAUGGAGAGCCACCAUUCAAAGUUUGCUACCAUCACAGGGAUUGGCUUCCCGGCGAAUUUAUCACGACUCAAAUAGCCAAUUCAGUGCUGGACUCCAGAAGGACUAUAGUGAUUUUGUCUAACAGUUUUAUGGAUAGUGUUUGGGGCAAAAUGGAGUUUAGAGCUGCACAUACUCAAGCUAUAACUGAUGGUAGAGUCAGGGUAAUUGUGGUUAUAUAUGGUGAAUUAGACGAAAGCAAUUUGGGAGACGAAAUGAACAUGUACCUGAAAACUAACACGUACAUUAAAUGGGGCGAUCCCUGGUUCUGGAACAAAUUGAAAUAUGCUUUGCCCCAUUCAAAGCAUAGGGGACGACAUCAAGUGCCACUGGAAGUUGUCAGUAGUCAAGAAUCGUUUCAUUUACGAUGAAGAUUUGUUUUUGUAUUUUGUAAAUACGCUUGAUUUAUUUUUUUAUACAAAUAUAUUUUAUGGAUUUAUAGAGUUUA